CCCUUUUCCAUUGUUAUUGGUAUAGGAUCACUUCAGCUGCAAAUAAGUGUUGCUCAACGUGUCAAAACAUGGCAGAAAAUAGAAAGAGAGAUUCACAGAAGAUGAGAAAUAUUACAAAGGUAUCUAAGGAUCUGACAGAAACAUCACCCCUGUUGCAAACAUCUGAUGAAAGUAGCAGUCAGAACAGUGACACUGUUAAUAGUGUGAGUGGCUGUAGAGCCUCAUGUGCCAGACGUCCAUUCCCCCAAGGAAAAGGAUUGCUGUUGUUAUUGUUCGUUUACUUUGUUGAGAGUUUUGCCUUUUAUUGUGCGACCAAGAGCAUUCGGGAGCUACUCUUCAAGGAUGAAACCAGUCAGGCCCGGGGGAGUUUUCUAUUCUCACUUGUGUACAACACUCUUGGUCGUCUCUUUUAUCCAUUUGCUGGUGUUUUAGCAGAUACGUUUUGGGGCAGAUACAAGGUUAUCAAAUUUGGGCUGUGGCUAAUUGCAUUUGCAUUAGGCUUCAUUUGCAUUAACCUUUCUAUAAUCGAUGAUGUGACUGAACCAGUUGGCGGGAUAUUUCUACCAAUCAUAUGCAUUUUAUUGGUUGCUAUUGGUUCUGCAUGUGUUGAGGUCAAUGCUAUUUCCUUUGGGGUUGACCAGUUGCCACAAGGUUGCACAUCAGAUCAGAUAAGCUCUUACUUUCUAUGGUAUUAUUUCGCUCGAAAUGCCAGCUCCUUGUUGGGAGUUAUUGCAUUUUUAAUGCUACAAGUUGUCCCACUUUUUUUCCCCUUCGAAAAAGACUAUUACUACUACAAAGGUCUUAAAGUACUGAUGAAAUCAGUUGAUAUACACUACAAGACUCUAAUAGUUAUCUUAAUAGCAGCUAGUGCUAUCGUUUGCAGUCUGCUUUUGCAUAUUUUCAAACAUAAUUGGUACUUCAAGAAUUCCCAACGUGAAAACCCUGUCAAGACAAUUAUUAACGUCAGUUGGUACAGUUUAACUGUGAAGAGACACCUUCCCGUUUACAGGAGAACAUUUCGCUACGGAGAAGCUAGACAGCCUCGAAUUGAGCUGGCAAAAAAGGAAUUUGAUGGGAUCUUUGAGGCUGAAGAGGUUGAGAAUGUGAAGUCCUUCUAUCAAAUCCUGUUUCUCAUAUUAUCUCUGGGGGGAUUUUUGAUAUGUAAUGGUGGGGCCCUAUCAAUCCUCCCGUAUCAGUUUGAAGACAUUACGGAGGAGCUGAGCAAAUCAUACUACAGUAUUGCUUUUUAUCUAAACGAUUUGGUCAAUACUGUUACCAUUGUUAUAUUCAUUCCACUCUUCAACCAUGUGGCCUUGCCUUUCCUCCCUCUUUUGAGCAUGUCCUUAAAAUUCAGGAUGAUAAUUGGUCUAGUUCUUAACCUAAUAGCAACUCUAACAGCUGUAUUUAUCGAAAUAACUGUGGAGAUUGACAGGAAUGAUUCUGGAAACGAAAAGUUGAUCUGGCUCCUUCUGCCUGCUAUUGUAUUUUCGGUGGCAGAGACUCUCACCAUCGUCUCCUGUUUGGAAUUCAUUUAUGCUCAAGCUCCAGAGCCCAUGAAAGGACUUCUAACUGGACUCUUCUACUUCAUGUUUGGAGUAUUCGGUGGUAUCUCCAACAUUGUGUUCUACUACUUCCCUUUCAGUCGUCAAAAAGUGGACAAAAUUAACUACAUUUUAUGGUUUUACGUCUUGCUCACAAUCGUUGCUGCUCUAGGAUUCCUGAUGUAUGUAAUUGUCAUGUGGUUUUAUCGAAACCGCCGCAGACCAGCUGUGGAUGAAGAGGAUUUGACAAACAGACUAUAUGCACAAAAUGUGUAUUUUCCACAAAACGUGUCUACUGUUGUCAAGUGAUUUUCAUGUGAUUUUUUUACCCUUUUCAGUUUUGCUUGCUAUAAUUAUUUGCUGAAAUUUAAUGAUUAAACAUUG